CCUAACCUAACCUAAUGAAGAUCUUCCCCUCCUCUUCCUCUUGCUGAACUUACCCCCCGAAUGGGUAAACUACUAGUACUACUAGAGAGAACGUGGAUGAAUGAGAGAGAACGACAUCCUGGCGAGUAGAGCGAGAGACGUUGUCUUCACGGGGAAAAGGGAGGACCCUCGAGGAAGAUGCACUAUCUCUCAGAGAACACGUCAUCCUGGACGUGACGUUCUGGCGGAAGAGAGGGACGACCCACCUUCAGGAUAGGGUACUCUCUCCCUCUCUCAAGAUGGAGGAUUCAGAGUUAGAAACGUUUUCAAGGGGAAAACGGAUUCAGGAUGGUCCUGAGGAUGGAUAAGGGUGAGCUGCUCUAAUAACAGCCGAAGAAAGAGCCGAACAGGAGCAGUUUGCGCGGAUGA